CUGGUCUGGUCUGAGGGGGGGAAAUAGAAACCUGCUAAGGGAGGAGAAGAUCUUCCAAACAGCCAGGACAGAGUAGUAGGAGGCUUCUUUUAAAAAAGAAAACAUGGAGCAAGUAGGAAUGUCUGUGGCACCAACUGUACAGGAGGAGCCCUCCAAUGCUGAAAAUCUCCUGGCAGUAAAAUUCCUCAUGUCUGCGCUGGAGUCGAUGUGUCAGGAAAUUGCCAAGUCAAAAGCUGAAGUGGCUUGUAUCGCUGUGUAUGAAAAGGACGUGUUUGUAGUGGGGACUGAGCGAGGAAGAUCCUUCAUUGGAAGUCGAAAAGAUUUUCAGAGAGACUUUAUAAAAUACUGUGUGGCUGAGACUCGAAAAGCAGCAGGAAAGCGGCUAGUAAAAAGUAUUCCUUAUGUGUCUCUGACUCCUGUGGAUAAAGUUUCUGAUGUCGAAACACUCAGAAAAUCAGUUGAAGAUGUAUUCUGUUUGUUGUAUGGUAAAGCUCAUGGCAAAUGUGCUCCUAUUCCUGUGCCUUAUGAAAAGAUAUCGAGGGAUCCGGAAGCUGUAGCAAUACAAGGAAUGCCUGAUGGCGUAAGCUUUACACAACCUGCACAUUAUGACAUUGCAACUUUAGAAAAAGUUUUGGAGCGAAAGGCACAGAUAACAUUUGUGAUAAAAAGGCCAUUUCUGGAUAGCAUCAUUCAACAUGUGGAAAUGAAACGGAAGACUGAACAGGAGAUUAAAGUGACACCUGCUAGUAGCUUUGUUCCAGUUCAAGUGAAAACAGAACCAUGUGAUGAUAACCAACCGAGCACAUCUGUUGAGUCAACCUCGGUUAUUAUCAAAGAUGAGAAGGAAGAUCCAGAUUAUUAUCGCUACAGUGCUCAAGGGCCCAGUGUCAUUCCUUCAGAACUGAGUGAAGUUGACGAAGGAAUUUUCUCCCAAUCGAGGUCCCACCAAGAAAAUGUACGAGAGACUGAAGCUGAUGUAUCAAGUGAUGAGAAGGAGCCCGAAGGAUUUCCAGUGGACAGUAGAAAAGACCCGGCUCGGCAACAGCCUUCUGAAACUAGUGAAGAUCCUGAAGUAGAAGUAACUCUUGAAGGUGACGAAGAUGACGAAUAUGUCCCGCCCAAUAAAAGACCAAAGACCAUUGUGCAGCCGACUGACGCGGGGGCCACAGUAAAACGGAAAUCACGGGAGUUUAAUUUUGAGCAAUGGAACACCAGAAUUACUGAACUAAGGAAGCUAGUGGAAAAUCUUUUUGAAAAGAAAUAUGCUGAAGCCAUAAAAACGACAAGUCCCGUCAUAAUCCCAUACCCACUCUUUCAGUCCAAUGCUGAAGAUCUUAGUGUUGAAGGUUUACCCGAAGGUAUUCCAUUCAGGAGGCCCUCCACCUACGGUAUUCCAAGACUCGAAAGGAUCCUUCUAGCAAAUGAAAAGAUAAAAUUUGUUAUCAAAAGACCGGAGCUGUUAUCUACUAUUCGGGAUGAAGAAGCGAAUAAAUCUGUGCCAGGAGCAAAAGAAGAGUGGAACACCAGAAUCACUAAACUGAGGAGGAUGGUGGAAGAUUUGUUCUGCAAGAAAUACGCUGAUGCCUUGGGACAUCAAAAACCAAUGAUUGUGCCCUAUCGUAAAUUUGAAUCUCACCCCAAAGAUCUCUAUGUGGAGGGUAUUCCCGACAACAUUCCUUUCAGAAGUCCUUCCUGGUAUGGCAUUCCUAGGCUAGAGAAGAUUCUACAAGCGGCUAAUCGGAUAAAAUUUGUUGUGAAAAGACCAGAUCUGCUGAUUAAUGAGCAUAUUGAUACCACUCUACAGGGGUCCAGUGCUGGAGGUAAAGAAGACUGGAACGUCAGAAUUACAAAACUACGGAAACAGGUCGAAGAGAUUUUUAAUACAAAGUUUGCUGAAUCUAUGCAACUUUCGCAACCAGUGAAGGUCCCAUAUCCAUUGUUUGAGUCUCACCCACAGCAUCUGUAUGUAGAAGGGUUACCAGAUGGAAUUCCUUUCAGAAGCCCCACAUGGUUUGGAAUACCUAGACUGGAAAGGAUCAUUCGAGGCAGUUCAAAAAUUAAUUUUGUGGUGAAAAAGCCACAACUGGUGUAUCCUCAUCUCCCUGAAGAUUUGAAAAAAGAGUGUGCUGUCGGAACCUCAACAGCCACCAGAGGGAAGAAAACUUUGUCUCAUCCGCCUGAAAAACAUUUGACCCCAACUCCAAUAGAGUCCAGUAAUUCUGAGGAAAAGAAGACUUCACAACCAUCAACCCCAAACCAUUCGGAGAUAGAAGUUACUAUAGAAGGUUCUGAUGACAUUCCACAGGUCAAGACUGUUGGAAAUAACUUGCAAGCAAAUGGCUCAAAUUUUAUCUCAAAUACUACCUUCAAGCCAAGAGGCAGGGAAUUCUCUUUUGAACAGUGGAAUGCCAAAAUUACUGACUUGAAACAGCAAGUAGAGGCCCUGUUCAAUGAAAAAUGCGGUGAAGCAUUGGGGCUUUCAGAGCCAGUGAAAGUGCCGUACCCACUGUUUGAAUCGCACCCGGAUGAUUUCUACAUUGAAGGCUUGCCUGAUGGCGUGCCUUUCAGAAGGCCAUCGACCUUUGGAAUUCCACGGUUGGAAAAGAUUCUUCGAGCAAGAGCCAAGAUCAGAUUCGUAAUUAAAAAUGUCGAUAUGUUUCAGACUGCAUUACAGGAAGCUACAAAACGUCCACAGACAGCAAGGUCGCAAACGAUUUCAGAUGGAAAAAUCCCAGAGCCACAAAUGACGCUGCCAGCAACGACAGAUUCAGACAAUCAAGCUGCUGAGUUACCCUCUGCAGUGGGUGUUGAAGAUCUUAACAUCAUUCAGGUUACAAUUCCAGAAGGUGAAGGUGAAAAGUUGUCCAAAGUGGAGAAAGCCAGACAGCUGAGAGAACAAGUAAAUGACCUGUUCAGCAAGAAAUUUGGCGAAGCCAUUGGAAUGAACUUCCCAGUGAAGGUUCCUUACAGGAAGAUCACCACCAACCCUGGCUGUGUUAUAGUGGACGGCAUGCCUCAGGGAGUUCCGUUCAAAGCACCCAGUUAUCUUGAAAUAAGUGCCAUGAAAAAGAUACUGGAAUCUCCAAACUUUAUCAAAUUUACAGUCAUACGACCUUUUCCAGGACUCCUGAUCAAUAAUCAGGUAACUGAACCGAGUGGACCGGCUUCAUCAGUGACACCAGGGGGCUCGGUGAUGUCAGCUGCACCAGCAGUUGGAGGAGAUACAUCUCAGACAAGACAACUGCCGAAAAUAAAAGAACCAACAGAAGCGUGGUCAUAGGAACUCCUUCUGACAGUGUUGUGGAACCUGAUGCCAGUCAGCAUGGAAACUCCCAACCUCCAGAACCAACCAGUCAGUGUGAGCUUCAGAACGUUUAAGGCAUCAGCUGUAUAUUGUUAUAACUGUACAAGCUAGGAGACAAUGUUUGCUUUCAACCAGACUUUUUUGUACCAUUAGAAAAAAGCUACUUUUUUUUAAAAAUCAACUCAAGUUUAAUGGAUUAUGAAAUGUACCAAAUUGUAUCUCACAUUGGUUGAGGGAUUGUGUUCUGUACAUCUUAAUUGUCAACCAAAAAACCUUUAUUAAAGCUGAGAAGAAAAAAUCCACCUUUGUACUGAUUUGUAAUCUGAGAACCAUCUGUGAAAUACCUGACGACUUGGGUCAUCUGUUAAUCACUUUGAACCUACAAGUUGAAUGCUUCAAUAUUUGAAUGUGUUGUACCUACUUAUAUAUAGUGUUUUACCAUAACCUCAAACAUUGAAAACUAGAGAAAAACCAACUAACAGCCUUUGCUACCUCUUCCUCCUCCCGACUUUCACGUGUUGUAGCCUGGACGCAGCUGGGUGGAGAUUGCCAUGGCUUCUGUCCGUGAGCGGGUCCUGUUCAGCACUAUUGUUGUGAUAGAUACAAACAGCUGUGGUGUGUCAAAUGCAUAGUUGAAGUUUUGUGAACAGUAGAGUAAUGGAAACGUAAAAGGCAAUAAAAAAACCUGUCUGGGCCUCUCUCUCUGCUCUUACUUUGCUCCUGGACGGUGUGAAAGAGCAGGUUUACCUGUCUUUUCUCUUUGAAAUACUGUAUACAACAUAGUGCACUUUCAACCACUGCAUACUGAAACUCUGGAACACUCGUCCUCUGUCCCUCUGCCU